AUUGACUUGAGGAAGCACGUGCCAUACACACAAUAUGCGAGGAUGACAGGGCAACCUUUCAAGCCGCCAGCGGUGCGGCCGCAGCUUACCACCCCCCUAUUGCCAAACAUCCGCGAGAGGAGGCGCAGGCAGGAUGAAAGGAAACACCGCCUGGCCAUCGAGAGGGCGGCGCAGGUGGGGAAAGACAUUCUUGUGUACGACAUGCACUUAUCCAUGCCUUGCACUGCAGGCUACGAUGGCAGAGGAGGAUUUGGCAAGCUCUGAAGGUUCCUCCUCUCCCCCAGUCGCCAUAUGUGCGCCAGCCACCCACCCCCAAUUCCCUUCGAUUCACCAGCACAGGACGCCAAACAGCCGCCGUCUCUACGCGACAGAAAGAAUGCCAGCGGUAGACAGAAGUGACUACUUGUCGUCGCAUUCAUGCCCGACACUCACUUCUGUUUUCUUUCUUUCCCUUCCGGUCCAUUCAGGGACAUCAUCACACUCGUGGCUACAGCACAAUGACGUCCACACACAUGGUACCCUUCGGGUACAGCAACCACCGCGACAUGGUCACCCGCUCAACCGACAAUGACGGCAGCAUAUGUCUGCUGCCAUCGCCGGAGCAGCUGGGGGACUUCAUGAAUGAGCAGCUGAGGGACCUGAGACAAGAAUUGACGAACCUCCUGCACGCCAAGAAGACACUGGUCGGGUCACUGGUCGAACCAUCCCACUUUCCAUAUUCUUCUCUGCCAUCUGAGUCACGUCGUUUCUGUGUGCGAUGCGAUGCGAUGCGAUGCGAUGCAGACGCGUCGCGUGCGUUUCCUGCAGGACCGUUUGGAUGCGGUGAGCAGUGCGCGUGACGACGAGUCUCAAUCGGGUCGGCACUACCUGAGGGCACUCCAGCAGGAGAUCCGGACACGGGAACGACUUGAGGAGGAGGUUGAAGAGCUGAGGCUGCACGCCAAGCAGCAGCAGAGGAAUGUGGAAGCUCAGAGGGGCAAGUGGCUGCGCGAGUUUGGCAGCUCAGGGGCGUUUCUGACGGCCAAGGGCGGCCAGGCUCACUAUGAAGCACUGCAGGUAUCCAUGAGGGUCGACAGGGCAAGGAGUGCAAAUAUCAACGCCCCUGACGGCGGCAUUGCGUGCAGGCUGAGGUGCGGUCACUGCGUGCGCAGCUGCAGAAGUUCCGCACCGAUACGGAGAAGGAGGAGACCCUUGCCCGCCUGGAGCAUGACAACCACGUGCAGGCUUCGAUGAUACGGAAGCUGCAGGAGGCCCUCGGCGAGGCGCAGGCAGCCGUUAAGAUCCUACAGACGAAGGUCAGUCAGGUGUCGUGCAGCCUGACAAUACACCGAAUUUUCAAUGGCGUUGCGUGUACCGCUUUACCAGCUGCAGAGAUCGUACCAACAGGCAGAGCUUGUGGAAGGGGUGGCAGAAGAGACACACAGACAGACGCUGCCUGCCGAGAGUGACCCAAGAGACACAUGAGCUGGCGGAGAGUGCGCUGAUUGGUUGAAGAGAGAUUCAUGUGCGUACGUUCCCAUUGUGGUGUCUUCUCCUUGCUGACGUCGAGUGGGUGUGCGGCGAGUGUAUGUGCGUGUUGAUAUGCACAAGUCCGUGUGUGUACCUAUGUACGUGUGGACAGGACGGGCAAGCCGGCCUUCUCUGAUUGACUGUCUGUCUGUUGAUCUGCCCUCUACUGAAUGAUAUGCAUGCC